AUGGUGCUUGCUGACUGCGAAUUUGCGCAGCUAAAGCUACAGCCAGACUUUCUGAAGGCAUUGCCCCAGGCAGCUCUCACCGGUCUCCUGUGCGAGUGUGCGGCCAGCGGCGACAUCUCGGGCCUUCGAGUGCUCAUCCACUCCGGGGCAGAAGUCAAUGCUGCAACAGCUUACGACCUGCGAACGCCUCUGCACUUGGCAGCCGCUGCGGGCAAGCUGGACGUGGUGAAGUUUCUUAUUGCAGAGUGUGGUGCAUCGCUGCAGCAGGAUAGGUUUGGGUUGCUGCCUAUCCAUGAUGCUGUCGAGAACAGCCACACAGAGGUGAGGCGUUACCUGCAGAGCCAAAAACUGGCAGCUCCUCAGCAGUCACUGCAAAAGCGGCGGCGGGUGGAUUCCGCGGAGACUCUGAACAGUGCAACAGACAAGGACAGCGCCGACAUAGAUGAGCUGAUGGGAACUGUGUUCGAGCUAGUUGUGAAGGAAGGGGUCUUCAGCUACACGACAGUCCAUGCCGAAGUGAAGCACUUCUUUCAAGCGCUGCGCUUCCACGAAGUCUACUUCAAGCAUUUUACUCCAAUGCAAAUCGCCAAGCACGUGCACUGCCUCAUAGCAGCGAAGCACGUGGCCCGUGCCACGGAUGACAUCGGCGGCCUGGAGUUCGACUUCAAGUCGGAGCACAGCGGAUUCUUCCUGAGCAGCAUCGGCUGCGCCAGAGAGCCUACAGGAGCCCAACUGCGAACGAUCGACUCUGUGUCAGCUUUUCUUACCCACUGCUUUGAAGAUGGGAAGAAUGUGGCAUUGACUUUCAUGUCUUCUGAGGGUCCGGCCUUUGUGGGUGGAGAAGAGCGGUUGGGCAUCUACAGCGUAGAGAAGGGCCACUUCGAGGUCUCUCGUGUCGCUGAGGGAGAGGCCUCUUUAGAGGUUUUGGCCUCCUCGCGAUUUCUGAUGACCAAAACACGAGAAGCCAAGGAGCAGUACCAAAUUGUCAUGGAGGAUGUCGUGGCAACGCGCAGGAGUGUGGUACGGGUGGUCCCGGGUCAUGUGUAUCCUGGGCCAUGUCCUUUUGGAUUUGUGGUGCUCUUUGCAACAGCGGAGACAGUCGGCCGACACUUCCUCAAGGAGAUUUGGCAGGCCAUGCGUUUUGUGGGGCUCAUUCCCCGACGCUUCUACUUGGAGAGCUUCGCGAACGGCGUCAUUACAUACAGCCUCUUCUUUCCGACUGCUAGCGACGACCAAGUGGAGAAGUUGAAGCGAACGAUCAUGCACGCUACGCUGCUGAAAGCUACACCUGGUCGCUCUGCCCUGCUGUACAAUAAAGUCAUGCAGUCAAGGAUCUCCCACGAGUGUGGCCUCUACUUACUGGCUGCUGUGAAAUUUGUCUAUGCCUUCUUCCCAAAGGAGCAGUACUCACGUGAGUAUACAGGAGUCCACAAGGUGCUGGAGCAGAACCCCGCAGCCCAGCGAAAGCUCGAGACUCUGUACCGCUUGUGCAUGAAAGACUUGCUUUCUACCGAGCGAAUCUACCAGCUGAUCAGCCGGCAACCAAGCCUGGCUGAGCAGUUCUAUGCAGACUUCCGGAAGAUCGCUACCGGAGAGUGUGCUCCAAGCUUCAACACUGAACUCGGCUCCUCCAUCGAUGCAGCGUGUAGUGACCCACAGGAUCGCCAGAUUCUGAGGAUGUUCUUGACGUUCAAUCAGAGCGUUCGGCUGACGAACUUCUUCAAGCCAGACAUUCCUGGAGCUUUUGCAUUUCGGCUGGACCCUGCGAUUGUACUGAAAGACCGUCCCACUUCCCUCUAUCCGGAGAUUCCUUAUGGGAUCUACAUGAUUUGUGGCCGCGAUUUCAUGGGAUUCCACACCAGAUUCCGUGAUGUUGCAAGAGGUGGCAUCCGCUUGAUUAUGUCUCGCGAUGGGGCCGCAUAUGAGCGGAACUUUGCCACUCUCUUCGACGAAUGCUACAACCUUUCCUAUACGCAGCAAAACAAGAAUAAAGACAUUCCUGAAGGUGGAGCAAAAGGCGUGAUCCUGCCGGACUCCAACUGGUCUGGUGCAAAGGACGUGGAUGGAAAUGCGCUCAUGGGAAACUCCUCGCAAAGCCCAGCCGCAACGCGCUCAUGCUUCAUCAACUAUGUCAACGCGCUGUUGGAUUGUAUGCAGCCAGAGCAAAAUGGCUUAUUCAGCGGGCACAUGCGUGGCAAGCAAGAAAUCCUGUUCUUUGGGCCUGACGAAAACACGGCGGGAUUUAUGGACUUGGGCGCGGAUAUUGCUCGAGAGCGGGGCUAUCCGUACUGGAAAUCGCUCACCACUGGCAAGAGCGUUUCUCUAGGUGGGGUGCCUCAUGACACGUACGCUAUGACCACCACCAGCGUCCACACCUAUGUGACAGAGCUUCUGAGCCAGCUCGGUGAGGAUGAGAGCAAGAUCACCAAGUUUCAGACGGGGGGUCCAGACGGUGAUCUAGGCUCCAACGAAAUCCUCGUCUCCAAGGAUAACACCGUGGCAAUCGUGGACGGCUCAGGGGUUUUGUAUGAUCCAGCUGGCAUCAACCGAACUGAGCUGCGUCGACUCGCAACGCAGCGCUUGCCGGUGAAGCACUUUAAUCGAUCUUUGGUUAAGACAGGCGGUUUCUUGGUGGUGGUGGAUGACACCGAUGUUGUUUUGCCUGAUGGGACCAAGUACCUCACGGGAGCGGAGCUGCGGGACUCUUUCCAUCUAACGCCCUACGCUGCCGCGGAUCUGUUCGUGCCGUGCGGCGGCCGCCCCAACUCCAUCACCACUGACAACGUGAAGCGCUUAUUCACGGCCGAUGGCUUAAAGCCGAAGUUCCGAUUGAUCGUGGAGGGCGCUAACCUCUUCCUGUCAGAUGGUGCGCGUGUGGCUCUGGAGAAUGCCGGUGUCCAUGUCUUCAAGGAUGCUUCCACCAACAAGGGUGGUGUCAACUCUUCAUCACUGGAAGUGUUCGCGGCCCUUGCGCUGCCGCCAGAGGAUCACUCAACACUCAUGUGCUACGAUCCUCGCAAAGGACAGGCACCGCAGUUUUAUCAAGACUAUGUGCAGCAGAUCAAGGAGAUCAUAGUCGAAAACGCAAAGCAAGAAUUCAGGGCGAUCUGGCAAUGCAACAAGGAUGGAAUCAAGAAGGUUGAUGCAACUAGACUGAUUUCCAGCAAGAUCACCAAAAUGCAAGACACAAUCAUGGAGAAAUUCGAGGACAUGUCUGCUGCCGAAAGGGAUCAGUUAGUGCGCCGCGUGCUGACUGUGGCCAUCCCGCCGUUGAUGUUGCAGAAGCUUGGAAUCGAGGGAAUCCUGGAGCGUGUCCCGGCGAAUUACAUCGCAGCCAUUGUCGGCGCUUGGGUUGCGUCGCGCUUUGUGUACAAGUAUGGCAUCAGCGCUACUGAGGUAUCCUUCUUCUUUUUCCUCCGAGGACUUCUCUCAGCUGACGUUGAUGCUGCGCAGCAACCCUUUGCAAGGUAA